AGCCGUCCAGGUGAGGUGCGGUGCGGUGCGGUGCGGUCACAGCUCACAUUUACAGUUCACUCCUGGACCCCGUUCCAGCCUGUCCGAACUUUUCUCCGCUCCCCUGCUUCGGUUCUCACACUCUUUACGUGUCGCAUUUAUCAGAUGCAUGCCACGUGUACAGUUCCACUUUUCCCAUCUGAACCGACACCCUUUCUCACUCUUUCCUCCUCUCCCAUUUACAGUGCCCAAACUGCACUUAUUUCAAGGCGAAGACACUUCGGUGUCCGAACAAGACAACAUGUCAACGACAAAGCAAAGCUAAACCCUUCAUCUCUCUCCUCCUGUUCGUCCUCACUUGUCCUACAAUUCGCAUCUUCUCUGUGGCCAUGGAUUUUCCCGUCCAUCCCACCUUCAAAAAAGUCUUCUUUUUUCUGUUUGUGUUCCUUUUUUUAGCUGGAAUUUCCUUUGCAUUGUCGGAGAGCUCCAAGCUCUCUGCAAAUUCGGGCCAAAUUAACUCCAAUUCCGUCCUUGUAGCUCUCCUCGACUCACAUUACACCGAGCUCGCUGAGCUAGUUGAAAAGGCUCUGCUUUUGCAGACGCUGGAGCAAGCUGUGGGGACCCAUAAUGUCACCAUUUUCGCGCCAAGAAAUGAGGCCCUGGAGCGUGAUCUCGACCCUGAGUUCAAGCGAUUCUUGCUCGAGCCGGGAAAUGUAAAGUCGCUGCAGAAGCUGAUUCUUUUUCACGUUAUUUCGACCCGGGUCGGAUCCCAUGAGUGGCCGGAUCCGGAAUCUGCGGUAACCCCCCACCGGACCCUCUCCGCUGAUUAUCUCCACUUAUCGAACGACCAAUCGGGGGAAAAAAUUGUUGAUCGUGUCAAAGUAGUCCAUCCAGAUUCUAUAAUCCGACCUGACGGUGUCAUACACGGAAUCGAGCGGCUUCUAAUCCCGCAGUCCGUACAGGAUGACUUCAACCGCCGCCGAAGCUUACGCUCUAUAGCGGCGGUGAAACCGGAAGGAGCUCCGGAGGUCGACCCGAGAACAAAAAAGGCCAAGAAACCGGGGUUAUCCCCGUUGGAGAAACCGGGGUUAUCCCCGUUGGAGAAACCGGGGUCCCCGCCUGCUCUUCCCAUCUUCGAAGCAAUGGCGCCUGGCCCUGUAUUGGCACCGGCUUCCGCCCCAGCACCGGGCGGGCCAAACCACCACUUUGACGGGGAGACCCAAGUGAAGGACUUCAUCCAAACUUUGUUACACUACGGUGGAUACAAUGAAUUGGCUGACAUUUUAGUUAAUUUGACGUCCCUUGCAACGGAGAUGGGGAGGUUGGUUUCGGAGGGAUAUGUGCUGACGAUUUUGGCGCCAAACGACGAGGCCAUGGGGAAGUUAACAGCGGAGCAACUUAGCGAGGCAGGGGCGCCGGAGCAGAUAAUGUACUACCACAUGGUACCGGAAUACCAGACAGAAGAGAGCAUGUACAAUGCUGUGAGGAGGUUUGGGAAGGUGAGGUACGAGACACUGAGGGUGCCACACAAGCUGGUGGCAGAGGAGGCUGAUGGGUCUGUUAGGUUUGGGAGUGGAGAGGGGGCGGCCUAUUUGUUUGACCCGGAUAUUUAUACAGAUGGAAGGAUCUCAGUGCAGGGGAUUGAUGGGGUUUUGUUUCCAGCUGAGGAGGAAAAGACUGUGAAAAAGGAAGUUAAGGUUGCAAAGAUUGCAGCUUCCAAGCCUAGGAGAGGAAAAUUAUUGGAAGUAGCUUGGAGAAUGCUAUGGUCCUUUGGAGACACUUCUCGAUUCACCAUUCGCCAUUGAGUUUUUUUAUUCAAUGGCUCACAGGCUGAUCAAAGGAGAGCAAGAUUACACAGAGAAAGAGUUGCUGAAAAAGAUGUCACAAAAUUGGAAGGCAGCCUUACGAUAUUGGGGUGACCAACUUUGCUUUUCCUUCAAUAUUCUUGUAUUUUGGUAUGCUCUUUUGGGUUGGCUGGUGCAGAAGAAAAGGAGUGAUCUCUGGUACAUAGAAGUGAUUUUGUAUUUACUUUUGAAAAUUUUGUUUAGGUUGUGAACAUUGUGGUGUUGAGAAUUUGAAUAUCGUGGAACAUGAUUUGGACGGCAUACAUAUGCACGUUGUAAGAUAGCCGUACAAUAAAUAAGGAAGCAAAACCAACCACGUGUUAAUCUGAGUAUAAAUAAUUCAGUUUUUC